GGAGACGCCUGACAGCGGCGAGUGCGGCCGGUCCAGGGCGGCCCACGGGCGGCGGUCGCUGCCUCCCGCUUCGCGGCUUGGCCCCUCGGGCAGCCGUCCCGGGCAGCGGGAGUUGGCUGCGGGAUGUGCUCGGCCGGAGAGCUGCGUGGUGGUGGCGGCGGCGGCGGCGGCGGCGGCGGCGGGGAGCAUGACGAGAACGGGGACGCGCUGGCUGAGCGGGCGGCGGCGGGGACGGAGUCGGAGCCGGAGCCCGGGGCGACCCCGCGGCGGCGCGGGCGGCGGCCAAAGGAGGAGCUGGAGCAGGAUAUUGAAGAAUCACAAAAUAACACUGGUGAGCCUGUUGGAGAUGACUACAAAAAGAUGGGAACACUUUUUGGUGAACUGAACAAAAGCCUCAUCAGCAUGGGCUUCACAAGAAUGUAUUUUGGAGAACAAAUUGUAGAACCAGUGGUAGUCAUUUUCUUCUGGGUUAUGCUGUGGUUCCUUGGCCUACCAGCCCUUGGACUAGUUGCUAUUCUUUGCCUUGUCAUUAUUUAUGUGCAACAGUGAAAUGUGGCAGAAUGAACUAUUGUUUAACAUUUAGUAGCCAUAUGUGUAUUUAGUGAAGUUAAUAUUUCACUACAUGAAGGCUGAAAAGUUUGCCUUGUUUCGAAUUGUGUGCUGUUUUAGUAAUUAAAUUCAUAAGUUGAUAUUGUUUAAAAUUAAACUCAACUGUUGAUUAUAACAGGGUUAAAUAUAUAUAUUGUAGCUUAUUCAUAAUUCUUGUUUAAUUACUGUGACCUGUGCCCAAUUUUAAGCACCCCUAUUACCAUGCCAGAUCUUAACCACCACCAAACAGUGAUCAGGCAAAAUAGGAAUAUGAAAUUCAAGUCCGAGGGUUCCCAUCGUGGCUCAGAAGAAACAAAUCUGACUAGCAUCCAUGAGGAUGCAGGUUCCAUCCCUGGCCUUGCUCAGUGGGUUAAGGAUCCAGCGUUGCCGUGACCUGUGAAAUAGGUCACAGACAUGGCUCGGAUCCCAGGUUGCUGUGGCUGUGGUGCAGGCCAGCAGCUACAGCUCUGAUUCGACCCCUAGCUUGGGAACCUCCAUAUGCUGCAGGUGUGGCCCUAAAAAGACCAAAAAAAGAAAAAAUUCAAGUUGGGCAAGAUAGGUCUUGUAAAGAGCUCCAUUAAAACAUUUUAGAAGCAAAAGGACAAAACAAGGAGCUUAAAAAAAAAAAAAGUUUUACUUGGAGAAUUGCUCCCCAUCUUCCACCAAAUGAACCCAUAUUAUCUGGGAAAUAUUUUGGAUUUCUACUGUCCCUGCUUAGCACAAGCCCAUAUAAAUGCUAACUGCUAUACACUACCUUAAUAUUUUGAUGAAAAUCAGUAAAGCUAGCACAUUUUCUGAAGAUUGAAAAGAAAUAUAUUUAUUACUGUUGGGAAAGCUUCCCAAGUUAAAUGUAACUUUUUUAUAAAGUAGUACUUGGGCUUGGAAUCACUUUAGUGUAUCAUUUGAUGUUUUAGACAAUUUUGGUGCUAAUUACUUUUUGUGAAUUUUUAAAGUCUCAUAAGCCAGGCCCAUAGUUGGCUGCAUCCCAUGAUAAUGUUAUAUUUUCUUGUAUCCAACCAGUUGUGUAUUUUUUUCCUAGAGAGACAUUUUCAGUGUAUUUUUUUCAGAAAUUUACAUUUUGUAGUUCUUUUAUAGCAAUUAUUCUUAGGAUUUAAAAAAAUUUAUUUACUACCUUGACAUAGGUUUCCCCCCACUACCAAAAAAAAAAAAAAAAAAAAAAAAAAAAAAAACCUGAUUUGUAUUGUGGUUGAAAUUCUUUACUAUUCCUUUUUUUUAAAAAAAAAUCAGCUCUUUUCUUUGAUAUCUGUAUUAGAAAGCACAGUAUUACAGUAUAAAAACCAAAUGCUUAAAAUUAGAACUCAACAGUCAUUGUAUAAUAUUCCUCUAAGGCUAAAGCCAAGUCAGUAAUUGGCCAGACAUGUUAUUAAUGUCUUAACUUGGCACUUUUGGGGUUUUAUAUUGAAAUGAGCAUUUCUUUAAAUAUACUUAGGAAAUGAAAAAUGGCUUACUGAUAUUUUGGAUUUUGUUAAGGAACCUAAAAUCUUUACACUUUUGUCUCAAAGACUUUCUUACUUGGACAAAGGAGAGGUAGUUAAGAUAAUUACCUAGAAAUUUAAGUUCAAUAAAAGGAAAAUGAAAAAUUGGGGCAUUUUUAUCUUUGGCAGGGCAAUAACUAAAGUGUGUAAAGUGUUUACUGUUCUACUUUAUAAAGUUUUUACCCAAUCCUGUUUUUAAAAUUUAUUAUAUAAGUUCUCAGUGUCUUCCAUUCUGAAGCAGACAAUUGAUGAAAAUGUACAAUUUAGAUUUCUAAAAUUAGAUAAUCCUGAACAACAGUACCAGUCAGAGGGCACUAAAAAGUAUUGUGCAUUUGUAUAAAUACAGACCUUUUAAAGUUUAACUUAAAAAAGACUUUGUACUAUAUCAUUGUGUUUUUAUUGGGUUUCCCAAUAUUUUUAUAGUAACCUUUAUGGACUUGGCAUAACUGCAAGUUAUUUAAGAGGUGUCUUUAUUUGCAUACGGUAGAAUUGUGAGGUUUUUAAUAGAAGUCAUGAGAUUUUGUAUAUCUUCACUAAAUAUUAAAAAGUGUAUUCUUUUCUAAUACUACUAGAAAUUUGAAUUUCUUUUGGAAUGUAAAAAAUAUAUAGUAUGCGUAGUAACAGCUCUGGUCCUACCAGUAUCUAAUAUUGAAAAUAUUUUAAAAGUAAGUUUUAAUUGUAAUUAUUUAGUAUAGUGUUAAAUACUAUGCAUCUGCAAAUUGAUGUUAAUAGGAUAUAUAUUAAAUUCUAUAAAGAAAUGAGCUAUUUUGCUGCAAUUCUUUCUGCAUAUAUUUUUAAUGCGGUAUACCAUCACAUUAUUUGCUUUUAGAGGGAAAAAAAAACUUUGCUUAUUUGAUGGAAAUAUUUUAUUUUAUGAAAUAUUAGAAUGCAAAUUAUACUGAUAUCCUGAAGUGAAAAGAACCUGGUCAUUUUUUUUUUUCAGUUCAUGGUAUAAGGAAUUCGAUUGAAAAUCAUUCUCAAUCACUUCAAUCUCAGAUUCAAGCCAACUUUAGAAACCAUUAUUGCUAUGAAUAAAGACAUAAAAGUUAAAAUAC